AUGAAUAUUGAAGGUCUCUGCAACCACUACAGGUGCAACGUGCAGAGUCCGAACCUGCGUUCAGACGAUGACCACAUCGUUGUCUGCGUGCGUGUUCGCAACGUUCCUCCUGUCUCAGACAUACCACAUUAUGCGAUGCAAAAGAACACCCGACCAUUGUGCCAUUCUCAACGAAUAUGCGUUUCUGUGAUUGAUAAUAUUGUCGUGAUGCAUGAUCCAAAAAGUAUCGAUGAUGCAUAUACCGUUGAGCGUGAUUCUAUCCACGUAGCGCACCUCCUUUCCGAUCCCCUUAAAUGUUCUUUAAGUGGUGGCACCGUGUCGUAUUGUAGCAAAAAAACAAGCCUCCCCAUCCAUUCUCUUAUUCCAUUUAUGUUGCGUUCGGUGAAUAGCCCUAACAGUUCGACUUUCAGAGGUACCACCAACUGCUAUGAGUGUGAUCAGUGUGUGGUGAGCAUGGAUGAGACGUCGGUUUCGACGAUGCCGCUGCUCCGCGCGGAUAGUUUAUUCCGCUCUCCCGCGUUCGGCACACAGGCAGCGGUGUAUCAUUCCACCGCCGUGCACGCCGUGAAGGCGGCACUGGGUGGGAUCAAUUCCUGCGUCUUCGCCUACGGACAAGCCGACAGCGGAAAGACCUACACCCUCUUUGGGGAUCCCACUAGCUUACACCAUGAUCCCGGCCUCGUGGAACGCACAUUUGAGGACAUUUUUCUUACUCUUGACGAUCUCAGCUCCGAGCAUGCGAAAGAAUCGGCGACGCAGGACUUCAAGUACAAGGUUUUAGUCUCUUUUAUGGAGAUCCACCGAAAUGAGGUGUAUUGCCUUCUUUCCGGGAAGGGCCCGCUGCGCGUGCGUUUCACACGGAAUACUGAUGGUACAGGCGACGGGGCUAAUAUAGACGGGCUUCUUCAAGCUGAGGUAUCAACAACGGCUUCGGCGAACCAAUUUCUCAAACUGGGAUUGCGGCGGCGACGGGUUGAUAAGACAAGCAUGAACGCAUUCAGCAGUCGAAGCCAUGCAAUUUUGCAGAUUCGUGUAAUACAGUGUCGCACGAACCAUAACACCCACGAAACUAUGGAGCAUUCUGCUAAGAUUAAUCUUGUAGAUUUGGCAGGGAGUCAGCGCCAGCGAACGGCGAAUAUGCACCGAAGGGAUCUCACCGAUAGGAUUUAUAUUAACCAGUCCUUGACAGCACUUUCACGUGUAAUUAACGAUGUUGCGUGUGGCUCCAAGUUUGUCAAUUACCGAGAUUCAUUGCUUACCAUGAUACUCAAGGAUAGUUUUGGUGGGAACAGCAAAACUUUCAUGAUUGCUAACAUUUCACCCAUCGCGCUCAAUUACGAGGAAUCGUGCGCAACGUUGGCAUUUUCAAACGCGGUGCGUCAUAUUUGCAACCGUUUCACAGUGAAUUGCAUUAUUCAUAAACAUUUGAAAACGUUUGUGUCGAACUUACUCCCGGGGGAGGAAGGACAACAAGGGACGGUUGAAAAGAUGGAAGGCUUGACAGCGCAUCAAAAGGGGAUUUUAAACAGUCAUUGUGACUACACUCGUACCUUGAGCGGGUUUCCGACGAAAAAGCAAACACCUGCCCUGGCAACGAAUCCCUGUCUGUUAGCGUCAACGCAUCGAAGAGAGCGCAAAGGUUGUGAAGCUUUUAUCAACUUUGCUACUUCGGAGUCUAUGUGUGCACCACUGGCUAUCCUUUUAAUUCACAAGCGCCUGAGAGUUACGGGGACUGCAGAUCUCGAUGUUGGGGAAAGUAACGGUAUCGUACGGAUAAUAGCACUGGACAAUGAUUUUUUAGAACUGAACUUGGCACAGCUGAUUCAGCCUGAAGGCUUGCUGGGGUUUUCUAAGCAACAGAAAGUCAUGGCCACGACGGAACAAGUGAUGUCUAGCCUGGCGGAGAAGCAGCUUAUGGUCCAGAAGGAGGUUGCCCGUGCAAUGGAGGCACGUAUUACCCCACUAUUGGAAAGGACGCUUUUUGAAAGCCACAACUCCGAAUCCCAGCGCGGUAGUGCGAGUUCCAAUGAUGAAGACGAAAUAAGUACUGUCGUUGGAAGCGUUCCCAACUCACAUACAGGAUGUUUUCCUCCACAUAACCCACUGUCGACUAGCUUCGGUUGCUUAAGCUUCAAGCGGGACUCUCAAGACCAUGCUGAGCGUCUUUACGUUCACUUUAUUCCACCGGAAGAAGCGGAGUGUUCUCAGAGCAUUGUAGACGUGAGGGUUAAUGGAAAACAUUUGAGAAAGGACUACCAUGAGCUUGGGCAUGGUGAUACCAUUUAUGUUAUUUUUCAGGAUGGGGCUUUUUGUGAGAAUACACAAGACCAUUUGGUCUUUUAUUGUGUAGAUUUUAAUCAUUACAAUGGAAAUAUUAAGUCUACUUCGAAUGCCUUGUCUGAACGGUUAGACCGGAACACUGAGUCCCUUACCGUCAGUUCCAGAUCUUAUGUUGAGAAAAUUCAGUUGCGGUGUCACGACACCACUGAAGUGAUCAAACCGACGCCUGAAAAUCUGAAUGACAUCGUAACUGAGAGCUUUCUUGAGGCAGAGCUUUUUCCAAAAAAUGACCGCACUACACAUACUCACAGGAACUCUCCGAGCCUUCAAGUACCAAGUGAUGGCCCGGUGCGGGAACUUUCUUCACUGCUGAGGGAUUCAUCUCAGGGUAUCAUGUGCUGUGUUUCUUCCCCAUCCUCGAGAAGCCCCAGUAGUAAGGUAAUGUAUGACGUAGAGCACAAUAUGGGCCACACCCCCGAUUCACCAAAGAAAUCAUGGCACCACCAGGACUCUACUGUAGAGGAAAAUAAAACCUCUUCUUGUGUUGUCAACCCUAAUAUCGUAUUCAAUCCGAGUCUGGAGCGGGGUUUAGGUGCACUUGACGACAUUCAGAUUUCUGGGCACUGCCCUUCGAAUAAUAAUAGUGGCAACAUCAGAUGCAAUGAGGCUCAAGGGGUCACCAAUAUACUGUUCUCAGAUGACCCCAGAGAUCUACCAUUACCUGAAAUUUCGCAGGGUGAGCGCGGCACAACGCGUGUGUCGUCAUCCUGGGAUGAAGAAGGGUUGAUGGUUAGUUCGGAAAGGUCCACUGUCUACCAAGACGCAAUUUUUGACGAAGCUACGGUAGCGUGCGACAAUAGCAGACCAUCCUCCACAACCCACGUCGUCGCGUUCUCGACUGAUAUUUUACAAGAUAAAGGGCUUACAAUCCCUCCAGGACUGUUGAUAAGUACACACGAACAAUAUCCCAAGGUUGCCUUGGAUACAUUUCCUAAGAAUCGCGUUUCAGUGUUAUUUAGUACCAUUCAUAAUCUAGAGAAUGAAAAUCGUCGACUUCGGGAAGAAAAUCUACGGUAUGAGGAGAGUCUGUUGAAGUUUAGCGAUUCUAUCAAUAGUUCACAGGGAACGAAAACGGGUGCCAUCGCAGACUCAGAGAAGGAGCUCGUUGUGAGCGAGUGCCUCGACCAGUUUGUGAAUAAACAAAGUCGCACCAUUGAGGAGCUGCGUAAGAAGACUUCACAAUUGGAGCAGUUAGUUUCUUCCGAGGAAGGAAAAAUACGCUUUUUUCUGCGGUAUGUGGAAGACGCUGGACUGAUGGACAUUGAUGGUGACUCGCAUUUCAUCAAACUGCAUCACCGUAUCGAAGAGCUUAUCUCAGAAAGCAUAUCAAAACAAGGCAUUACCCUAGCUACUGCUAGUUCAGCUUUCCCAUGCGACUUCGACCAUAAUCAACUAACUGCGUUGAUUUAUCUUUCUCUGAGGAUUUUAUUUAACCGUCUAAAGAAUGUGUUGUAUGCUGUUAACAGGAAGAGUCUGGAAAAAAUGAGCCUCAUACUGGAUACUGUGUUGCAGUAUCGUGAGACACCGCUCUCUUGCUUUACCCUCGAGCUGCGUGAGAUUGUUGCAGAUGUAGUAGGGGAACCUCAGCGUUCUGGCGAAAGGUGGUCCCUUACGGCAGAAGACGUAUACACCAGGUUUGUUAGCUCCUACCGCGAUCGUGCUGUUGACAUCCUUUACAGCUUGCUUAUCUGGUACGACAUUUGGGAUCUUUCCUCCAACAUUGAGCAUGUGUGCGCGAUGGAGCUUAUUCGAAAUGCUGACCGAAUUGUUCAGAUCGCGCGACAGGUUCGGCAAGGAGACCUUUCCAUGUGUCAAAGGAUGUGCACCACGUUGGAAUUACCUGAGAUAACGAAGCAGGACGUCAUCGCAGAUAUUUCAUACCCCGUCCGAAGUUGCAAGGAGGGGGCCAAGCCCUCUCAAAAGAGCGCAAGCUUUGUGGCAAAAGUUCGUGAAAGUGACCCGCACACAGAACUAUCAGAGGUUUUAUGUGGCUCUGCCUCGGGUCAGCUUACUAAAGCCAGGGUCAAUCAUAAAAUAAAGUCUAGUGCCGCCAAGGCAACAUUUCCAUCGCGGCAACCAACUUGUUUAGGCAAUACCACUUCCUUAUCAUUUGCAUCUCUACAGGCGAGUCGUUCAGGAGGGUCGGCGGCCCCAUCUAUGGAGCUCAUGUUGAAAAAGUGGGAUCGACUGGUAGCCGAAAAGAAAGACCGAGUACCCGUGAAUGCCAUAAACAUCUGUAGUAGUAAAAAUGCCACACUGGCUUUACCCGUUCGUAAAAAUAAACUUCCUGUACAGGUCAGAGAAGGGUCCUCUAAGGGGAUGCGUCCUAACAGAGGUACCCUUUUCGUACGCAACCAUUCUUUGAUGCCAUUAUCAUCAGGUGUGCCAUUUGAGCGCUAUAACACAACUAUACCAUCCUUGGGUCAUGUUCCUGCAGUUCCAGUGAAAGGACUUCAACGCUAA